CUCAUUAAGAAUCACGUUGUUGGACGUUAAGCAAAAGCUGUCAAAAUUUCGUAAUAUUUUCUAGAUUGUUUUUUGCCCCUAAACUCUUGAGUGAAAAGCGCGAGAAGCGCACGCCAAAGUAGCAGCACCAUGUCGUGGCUUUUGGGCAGGAACCGCCAGCAGCCGCAGCCUGAGCAGUCCGGUGGCUUUGCGGACGGAGGAGGAGGAGGCGCCGAUCCGGAUGGCAGGACGGCCGGCGAGAAGUCCGGGGACUCUCAACUGAGCCGGGCGGAGCGCAAGGCCAUGGAGGCGUACCGCUUCGACUCCUCGGCCCUGGAACGCGCUGCGGAUGCUGCCAAGACCCUGGAGCGAUCAAAACACGCCCGGGAGGCCCUCGAGCUGUCCAAGAUGCAGGAGGCCACCCGGCAAACGGAGUACAACACCAAGGUCAAGGAGUACGAGGCCCAUAUCGAGCAGGCCAAGGUCGAGCAGAAGCGCAUCGAUCACGAGGAGCGCCGCAAGACCCUCAUCGAGGAGACCAAGCAGCAGCAGCAGCGCGCCCAGUACCAGGACCAGUUGUCCCGGAAACGCUACGAGGAUCAGCUGCAGCAGCAGCAGCGCGUCCAGGAGGACAAUCUGCGCAAGCAGGAGGAGAGCGUCCAGCGCCAGGAGGCCAUGCGCCGCCAGACCAUUGAGCACGAGAUCGAGAUGAAGGAGAAGAACCGGCUCAAGCUUCUGGAGCACGAGCUGAGGGCCAAGGCACGUGUGGAUCGCGAGAACCGCGACAUCAACCUGGAGAAGAUCCGUCUCAAGGCGCAAGAGCAUCGCACCACCGUUCUGGAGGGAAUCAAAACCGCUGGAACCGUCAUUGGCGCUGGCGCCGAGGCCAUGCUCACCGACUGGGACAAGGUGCUGACCGCCGCUGGAGGACUUUCGCUGCUCGCUCUGGGCGUGUACACGGCCAAGGGGGCCACCGGAGUGGUUUCCCGAUAUGUGGAGGCACGUAUCGGCAAACCCACGCUGGUUGGCGAAACGUCGCGAUUCGCCUUCCUGGAUGCCCUGAAGAACCCGCUGCACUACCUGAAGAGGCUACGCGCCAAACCCGCCGAUGCCCUGCAGGGCGUGGUGCUGAACCCGAAGCUGGAGGAGCGCCUACGCGACAUUGCCAUCGCGACGAAGAACACGCGUAUCAAUCGGGGAAUGUACAGGAACGUACUGAUGCACGGCCCACCCGGAACGGGCAAGACCAUGUUCGCCAAGAAGCUGGCCGAGCACUCUGGCAUGGACUUCGCCAUCAUGACCGGUGGUGAUGUGGCGCCCAUGGGCAAGGAGGGCGUGACGGCCAUUCACAAGGUGUUCGACUGGUCGCACACCUCGCGUCGCGGUCUGCUGCUGUUCGUGGACGAGGCGGAUGCCUUCUUGCGCAAGCGUUCCUCGGAGAAGAUCUCGGAGGAUCUGCGUUCCGCCCUGAACGCCUUCCUGUACCGCACCUCCGAGCAGAAUCCCAAGUUCAUGCUCGUGCUGGCCUCCAACACUCCCGAGCAGUUCGAUUAUGCCAUCAACGAUCGUCUGGACGAGAUGGUGGAGUUCACGCUACCUGGGUUGGAGGAGCGGGAGCGCUUGUUGCGCCUGUACUUCGAUAAAUAUGUGCUGCAGCCUGCUGCUGCGGGUGCCAAGCGUUUCAAGCUGGACACCUUUGACUACGGACAGACCUGUUCGAAGAUGGCCGCUCUGUGCGAGGGCAUGUCGGGUCGAGAAAUCUCCAAGCUGGGCGUGUCCUGGCAGGCGGCUGUCUAUGCCUCCGAGGAUGGUCUUCUAACCGAGAAAAUGGUGCUGGAUAGGUGCUACUCCGCUGCCCAGCAGCACAAACAGAAGAUGGCCUGGCUCUCGGAUCAGGAGCGUGCCGAUCACAAAUCCAUCACGGGCGCUGCUGCUCCACCCCUCACCCUUACUGCCAAUAAACUGUGAGGAGCGGAGGCGCACCUGAAGUCGAAGUAGAUGAUGCAACCUGCAUUAAAACUUGUUUAGUUUUCUAACCAUUUAACUUUAAGUUGGUAACGCACAGGGCUUUAUCUUACUACCGGAUACCAAACAGCAGCCGAGACACCGAAUAAGUGCAUAUCGGUUACCUGUAUGCAUUUACACAGCCUGUACAAAAUCGCUGGCGGAAGCACGUGUUCGUCUAUAGAUGCAAUUAAGUUUGACCCACUGAUAAUUGUAUUAUAAGCUUGCAUUAACUGUCUCAAUAGUGUGUACAAUAAGAGGUAUAUAUUUUAA